AUGAAUUUCCCAAUUACCACUGAAGAGUUGAAGUCAUUUCAUACAAUUGAUAGGAAACUUUAUUUUCGAUUAGUGAUAAACUUUUGGAGAGAUAUAACACAGUCUAUGAAGGUUAUUGCAUUAUGGAUGUGGCUUGAAGAUGUUGGUUACCCAAAUAUUAUCCAUCAAAUGUUAUCAUUGCCUGAUACUAUAGUGAAUGCACUAGCAGAUGAAGCAGUAAAUUGUUUAAACUGUAUUGAAUUGGGAGAGAUACCUCCUCAUGCAAAUACUAACAUUCCAUUGACACUCAAACUCUUGAAGCAAGAAAUAUCUCUCAACUUCUUUUUAAACAAUAGGAUUAGUGCAUCCAAUGGAAUUAGGAAGAUGUUAAAUGAUGUAUGUAUUAAGGCAUUUGAUGAUAUCGCAUACAUGGCACUAACAAAUGCUACGAAGCCUAUGGCAUCUUCGGCAGAAGGAAGCAGCAAUACUUCAUGCAUGCAAUCAGACUUGAACCCAAGUGCUCAACCAUGGAAACCAACAGAUGAGAUUCCACCAGAUAAUAGGACCUUGUUUCUUACAUUCUCUAAGGGGUACCCAUUAUCAGAAGAAGAAGUUAGAGAUUUCUUUAAUACGAAUUAUGGGGAUUGCAUUGAAGCAAUAUACAUGCAAGAUGUCCCAUCAGAUGUGCAACCUCUAUUUGCUCGUUUAGUAUUUUACUCACCUUCCACUAUAGCAUUUAUACUUGGUGGAAAAGACAAAGCUAAAUUCAUCAUCAAUAGAAAGCAUGCAUGGGCUAGACUCUUUGUGCCUAGAAGAAAUUGA